AUGACUUCACAGGAUCAGGAUCAUCUGUUGCUGUUCGAUGGUGUCGAUGACUGGGACGAAUUCGAAAAGAAGGUCGAUGCUUCCCUCGCCAAGGACAACAACAACGACAACAAGUCUGACACAACACAACUAUCAGAACAACAUACCCCAGGAAAGAUCACCCUUCCGGUCAUCGGGAUGACCUGCAUGUCCUGUGUCAACGCAAUCACCUCUGUCCUCUCGUCUUCACCGGGUGUCGUCGAUAUCAAGGUCUCGCUCAAGCAGGAAGAGGCUGUGGUCGAGUACGACCCUUCGACUAUUCAACCGGGUCAGAUCAAGGAGGCCAUUGAGGACUGUGGAUUCGAUGUGCCCUUUGAUACCCAACCCCUCGACCUUCUCGAUGCUGCUGCUGUUGGGACAUUGUCGGCUGCUUCGACGAUUGUCUCGUCAGGAACACCACCACCGCAACCCUCAUCAGCAGGACUCCUCAGUGCCGCCCAACAACAGCAAUACAUGAACUCGCCCAAGUCACCAAUACCCACCGCUCACAACAACGAUACCCUCAAGAGCAAGCAACACCCCUUGUCAUCCUCGCACGCAACGCUCUCCAAGGCUCUUAAGGGCAGACCCGUCAAGUCGGCCCAGCUGACGAUCCAGGGCAUGACCUGUGCCUCCUGUGUGGCGUCCAUCGAAAAGUCACUCAAAACCGCCCCCGGUCUAGUUUCCAUCAAGGUCGCCCUGCUGGCAGAGCGAGCCACGAUUGAAUACAUUGAGGGCGAGACCACCCCGCGCGAGAUUGCCGACCUGAUUGACGACAUUGGAUUCGAAGCCUCGCCGAUCGUAGAAAAGCGCAAGGACCAGGUCGACCUCCAGGUCUUUGGAAUGACCUGCGCCAGUUGUGUCAACUCGAUCGAAGGUGAGCUUCGAAAGACCCCAGGAAUCAUCUCGGCCAACGUCUCUCUCACCCUCCAGGCAGCCAAGGUCGAGUUCGACAACACUCUCCUGGGCGUCCGUGAUAUCGUCGAGAAGAUUGAGGACAUGGGAUUCGAUGCUUUGCUUUCAGGAAAGUCCCAGACCGCCCAGAUUGAGUCGCUUGGCAGGAAGAAGGAGGUUGCCGAGUGGAGGAGUGCCCUGAUCUUCAGUUUUAUGUUUGCGUUCCCCGUAUUUGUAAUCUCGAUGAUCCUGCCCAUGUUUGAAUGGGGUAGGUCGAUCUACAACAUCCCACUCUUCUUCGGAACUGUCUUCGGCGAUGUCCUGGCCUUCUUCUUGACCAUCCCUGUCCAGUUUGGUAUCGGUAUGCGGUUCAUCAUCAGCGCUUACAAGUCCUUGAAGCACGGAGUCGCCACCAUGGACGUCCUUAUCUCGCUCGGCACUCUCUCGGCUUUCACCUUUUCGACUUUCUCGCUCCUCUACUCGAUGUUUGACCCUCAGCACCACCAGGCCUCGGUCUUUUUCGACACCUCCAGCAUGUUGAUCACGUUUGUCACUUUUGGACGGUACCUCGAGAACAUGGCCAAGGGCGAGACCUCGGCGGCGCUGUCCAAGCUGAUGUGCCUCACCCCUUCGACUUGCACCAUCUACGUGGUCGACCCCAAGACUGGCGAGCGCACGUCUGAGAAGAAGAUCCCCUCGGAGCUGGUACAGAAAGGCGACAUCAUCAAGAUUGUCCCCGGAGACAAAAUUCCCACCGACGGAGUUGUUGUUAGCGGACAGUCGACCGUCGACGAGAGCAUGGUUACGGGAGAAGUCGAGCCCAUCAACAAGACUGCAGGAUCUCAGGUCAUUGGAGGCACCGUCAACGGACUGGGAACUUUCGAUAUGGAAGCUGUCCGUGUCGGAUCCGAGACUGCUCUGGCCCAGAUUGUUCAACUGGUCGAGGAUGCUCAGACAUCCAAGGCGCCUAUCCAGGCGUACGCCGACAAGAUUGCAGGCUACUUCGUCCCCACGGUCAUCUUGAUGGCGAUGCUGACGUUUGUGGUCUGGAUGGUGAUCUCGCACACGAUGGUCGAGGAGAAGUUGCCAAUGAUGUUUACGCACGAGCCGUCCAAGUUUGUCGCCUGUCUCAAGCUCUGUAUUUCGGUCAUUGUUGUCGCCUGCCCCUGUGCCCUCGGUCUUUCCACUCCUACUGCAGUCAUGGUCGGUACGGGUGUCGGUGCCCAGCAUGGUAUUCUGAUCAAGAGCGGUAACGCCCUCGAGGCCGCCCACAAGAUCACCAAGGUCGUCUUUGACAAGACUGGAACUUUGACGAUUGGAAAGUUGGUUGUUGCAAGCUGGAACUUGUACAAGCCUAGCAGCAGUCCCAAUGUCCCUGAAUCUCCUACCUCGCCUGGAUCUCCUACCUUGCUGCAUGGAAUCGAUAACGCAUCAUCCUUCAACCAUACAAUGAGCGACCAAGACUUUUUCAGGAUCGUUGGAGCCGCCGAGUCCGCUUCGGAGCACCCCCUCGGUCGCGCAAUCGGAGAAUUUGCCAAAGACUUGCUUAAGGUCGCCAAGCUAGACGCGGUUGUGUCUGAGUUUACGUCUGCGACAGGACAGGGUAUCGAGUGUACAGUGGCUCAUGCUUCGGAUAAGUACCGGGUGUUGGUUGGAAAUAAGUCCUGGUUGAACGAGCACAAGAUCCGUCUCCCCUCUUCUUUGGCCAACGACCAGAUGACCCAGGAGCGUGCUGGUCGCACCACCGUUCUUGUUGCCAUGAACGGAUCCUUUGUCGGCUUUAUUGCUCUCGCAGACACGAUCAAACCCGAGGCCGCGGCCACGGUCGCCAAGCUGCAGCAGAUGGGCAUCCAGGUCGCGAUGGUCACUGGAGACCAACCCCUCGUCGCCCAGGUGAUCGCUUCCGAGUGCGGUAUCCACGAAGUCCACGCCGGCAUCUCUCCCAAUGGCAAGACCAAAAUCGUGACCAAGAUGCAAGAACAAGGCCACAGUGUCGCCAUGAUUGGAGACGGCAUCAACGAUUCCCCUGCCCUCGCCCAAUCCGACCUUGGCAUUGCUCUGGUGUCCGGUACGGAUAUUGCGAUGGAGGCUGCAGAUAUGGUCCUCAUGCGCGGGGACCUUACAGACGUCGUCGCAGCCGUCGACCUCUGUCGCACCAUCUUCCGUCGAAUCCGGUACAACUUUGCUUGGGCCUGUGUCUACAAUCUGCUGGGAGUCCCCUUCGCAAUGGGAAUCUUCUUGCCCUGGGGCCUUCACCUCCAUCCAAUGAUGGCUGGGUUGUUGAUGGCCUUCUCGUCCGUCAGUGUGGUUGCGUCCAGUCUUUUGCUCAAGCUGUGGAAGAAGCCCGAGAUUGACGGUCGCUCCUCCUCAUCCUACGGUUGCAGUAAUGGUGUCUUUGGGUUGUUGUUUGGACUCGGAGGAUUGGCCCAGGACCUUUGGGGCAGGAUUGUGGCGAACGAGAAUGGCCGGAGGAGAGGGUCUUCUUCUGGCGUGGGUGGGUACACUCGUGUCGGCUUAUCAGAUGAGGAGGCCGAGAUGGAUCGCUUCGUUUAA